AUGCGCGUGAAGAUUUCCAAUGGCCAAGACUACGCGGCCCUGCAGAUGCAUUUCCACUGGGGCAACUAUUCCUCAGAGAUCAGCGGCUCCGAGCACACAGUGGACGGCAAGAGGCAUGUGGCUGAGGUGCAGGUGGUUCACUACAAUACAAAAUACAGAACCAUGCAGAAUGCAAGAAAUGCCUCCGACGGGAUGUUGGUGCUCUCCGCAUUCAUCAAGGUCAUAGAAGACACUGAAAACACUUAUUACAGCAACUUUAUCGAUCACCUGAAGAACAUCAGAUACUCAGGACAAAGCACAAGUCUGACCAUGAUUGGUGUCAGGGACAUGCUGCCCCAGGACCUUCGGCACUACUACACCUACCAGGGCUCCAUGAGCACCCCUCCCUGCACCGAGAACGUGCUCUGGAUUCUGUUCAAGGACCCCAUCAUUAUCUCCAGAGCCCAGAUAGAGAAGUUGGAGAAUUCCUUGCUGGAUCCUCAAAACCAGACCCUGUACAAUACUUACCGCAUGACCCAGCCUUUAUACAGGAGGACGGUGGAAGCCAACUUCAAUCCGUUGGGCAACGAUGGAGAAUCAGAGAUCCAGAAAUACAGUAAGAAGAUUGAGGGUUUAAUUCAAAAAGUAUUGGACCAGCAGAAAUCUAUUUCAGAGAAGUCGAAAUUUGAAAUCAUGAUCAAAAAGCGCAAGAGACAUGAAUUCGCCUAG